GCGGUUCGCCGGGCGGCGGGAGGAGGAGGAGGACCAGGAGUAGGAAGUGGUUAGUAGCCACGAGGUUCGAUCCGGAGAUGAGGCUGCUGCGACUAUUGCACUUGAGUUGGCUCCAGGCGAUCCUCGGGUCCGCAGAAGUUGCGCUCUGGGGUUUGAAGUCAAUAAAAGGAAGCUGCAACAAUUUUUGUACUGCUGUUUGUAAAGAUGUCACUUAUAUGGAACUUAAAAACCUCUUGAAGUCCAAAAAAAUUAUGUUGAUUGAUGUUAGAGAACCAUGGGAAAUUCUUGAGUAUGGAAAAAUCCCCGGGUCUGUCAAUAUACCAUUGGAUAACGUAGAUGAAGCUCUACAGAUGAACCCAAAAGACUUCAAAGAGAAGUACAAUGAAGUAAAGCCAUCCAAAUCUGACAGUCUAGUGUUUUCUUGUUUAGCUGGAGUGAGAAGCAAGAAGGCUAUGGACACAGCAAUAUCUCUGGGCUUUAACAGUGCUCAACACUAUGCUGGAGGAUGGAAGGAAUGGGCAACCUAUGAAUUUUCGGAGAAGAAACAAGGAAAUUGAAUUUUGGAAUACAAGCUGGCCCUUUCCUUGUGUACGUGCAGCCUAUGAUAGUGGAAUAAGCGAAAGAAUCAAAAUGUAGCCCUGGGACCACUGGUUAAUGGGAAGGGGAUUUUGUGUAAGUCAACUAUUUGUUGAAUCUUUUUCUCACCUAUAAAUUGGGAAUACCACUUCCCCCUGCCUAUUUCCAAAGGCUAAUGAGGCUUGCUGUAAUGUAUGUGACUUGCCAUGGAAACAUAAGGGUUGGGAUUCUAAAAAUUAAUUUUUAAAUAGUUUAGUAUAGUUCAAUAGUAUUCCAAAAGACCUGGUUACUUGUAUUACCUAAUCAUAAUGUGUGACCACUUCUGUUAAUAUAGUGUCUAUACUCUUCAAAGAGGCUAUGAACUAGACCAGUCAAUUAAGACUUAACCUUAAAACACCAAGAAUCUGGGGUGCAGAAAAGUAGGUGAAAUAUGAACAAUGAAAAUACAACAUUAGCAAUAUCCAAAGACUUAUGGCACUGUGACCAGCGUGGUAGUGAUAUAAUUUGCAGUUUAAAAAAGUAAUAUGAUCUAUGGGGAAAGUAAUCAGAACAGUGGUUGCUUCUGUUGAAGGAAGGAAAUUAACAGGAAAAUCAAGGAGGAAACUGUCUAGGGUGGUGGAAGUGCUCUAUAUCUUGAUUGAGGUGUUGGUACUUAGGUAUAUACAUUUACCAAAACUCACUGAACAUUUUAAAACUAUACAUUAUCUGUAAUUACAUCUCAAUUAAAAAUAAUGAAAAUAGAAAAAAAGUUUAAAUGGAAAUGACUCCCACUAGCAUAUUUCUUUGGAAUGUUAAGUCCUACACUUGUUAGUACACUAGUGCACUGGUGAGUGGUAAAACCAAUUUGUGCUUUCUUCCAUCCAUGUCUCUUCGGACCCAUCUGUUUUUACUCUCUUUUAUAUAGUCAUUCAGAACAUGUAAGGCCUGGCAAGUAAACUAUAAGGACUUGGUUUUGUCCUAAAUGACUUAUUAAGCCAUUGGAGAAUCUGUGGUAGGUAUGUGAUAUUAUCACCUUGAACUUCUAUUUCUGAUAUGUCAGUCUAGUUUCUAGCAAACUCCCUACAAGAACUAGAAAAGCUGGAAAAUACACAUAAUACAGACACAGACACAGACACACACACACACACAGACACACACACACACACACACACACACACACACACACUCAAUGUUGGUUCAUCCUCUACAGCUUUCCUUCUCCCAGGAUCGUGACUCUUCAAAUCCUCGCUGCCUUCGUAAUUCUUUGAUGCCUUUAAACAAAUUUUACUUAUAUAUUUAUAUAAACAAAUGUUACUAGGGCAUAUAUAUUAAGGAAGUGAGGAUCCGAAGAGCCACAAGCUCACAGAGAAGAAAAGCUAUAGAGAGUGAACCACCACUGAAGUACUGGGCCCAACCAGGAACAGGUAAAUACACCAGGGUAUAGAGUCUGGGGAAACACACCAGGCUUUUCCAGAAAGACAAAAAAGAUUCUAAAAGAAAGGAAAUACUAAAGAACACAACAUUAUCUAUGUAUAUGUAAUAUAUACUGAAUAUGAGUUUAACAAAAAUUAUGCAAUUAAAUUGGGAGGAUGAUGGGAGUAUAAGUCCCAGGAUAGAACAAGUUUGGGGGUGGGGAGGGGGUGGGAGCUGGAAGUGGAGAACAGGAGGUGUGUGAGAAGGUAAAAUCUUCAUCUUCCAGAGUAGGAAGUUAAGAGAUAAUAUUUACAAGUGAAAACAAAAAAAAAAGCAAAAGCAAAAAAAGGGAAACUGCAGGGUAAACAGAGGAGGAGUAUAGUAAAGUGUUUAAGAGCCUGGGACCUGCAGCCCAGAUGCCCAGGUUUUAAUAAGAUAUUAAUCCAAGCUUUUGUCACUUACUUGUGACUGGGUAAGUUACUUAACCUUCUGUUCCUGAGUUUCCUCAUCUCUGAAAUGAUUGUUCUGAGAAUUAAAUGACUUCAUAAUGUAGAGAGCUUGGAAUAUACUUGUCACAUAAUAAGUGCUCAAUAAAUGCUAUAGUUAUAAGCUUGUUACUUGGAAGUGUGUAAGUAACACAACAGCAGAGAAAUGACUAAAAGUUGCUCUGGGGAGCAGGAAUAAGAAGCAGGGAAAAUGGGACUGGGACCUAACAUCUUCCUUAUGUCUUAUAGCAACACUGUCCAAAAGAAUUAUGAUGCAAGCCAUUAUGUGAUUUUUAGGUUUCUUAUACUUAAGUAAAAUAGGUGAAAUUAAUUUUAAUAGUGUUUUAUUUAGUCCUAUAUAUCUAAAAAAUCAUCAUUUAAAACAUGUAAUCAAUAUAAACAAAUUAGAUAUUUUACAUUCUUUUGUUUUGUACCAAGUAUUGAAAUCCAAUGUGUGUUUUUACAUUUAUAGCACAUUUCAAUUCAGACUAGCCACAUUUUUAGUGUUCAGUAGCCACGGGUGGCUAGUGGCCAUCUCAUUGUCAGUGCAGCCUAUGAUAAUAUUUGAUGUUUAGAAAGAACACACAUCAUCAAUGGCUACUAAAUCAAAGAAAGAGACAACCAGCCAUUAUAUGCCUCCUGAUACGAGAUACUUUAUACAGUAGUCUAUAAUGGAAAAAAAAAAUUGAGCCUGAACCUGAUCAAGCUUUUGCAUUCAAUUACCAAUUAAUAGAAAUACAGAGAAGAAAAGAACAUGUUAAGUAGCACCUUAAGGAUACACUCAGCAAAAUACAUAUGGUGGGAAAUUCUUAGUGGACAAGCAAACCAAAAUGGGGAAUUUUUAAAAUGAAAUAAAGGAGAAAUCCAUGAAUUUUAAAAGAUUUAAAGGAUUUAUCAAUGAAUUGCAUGUGUGGUCUUUAUCUAGAUCCUAAGUAGAAUUAUUUAAUAAUAUUUAUGAUAUUAAUGAGAUAACUGAAAAUGUAAACACUGGAUAUUUGGUAUUACAAAAUUAUUUUGACUAACUCUUUUGGGUACAGUAAGACUUCUUUGGGGUUUUUUGCGGGUUUUGGUUUUGUUUCGUUUUUUAAAGAGCCAUUAUCUCUUAGGAUUACACACUGAAAUAAUUAUGGACAAAAUGAUAUCUUGUAUUUGCUUCAAAAUAAUAUGCAUGUUGGAGGAAGUGGUGGGAGUUUAGAUGAAAUGAAAUUGGCCAUGUGGCAAUAAUUAUUAAAGUUGAGUGAUAGGUAUAUGGAGGUUCAUUACAAUAUUUUAUCUACUCUUGUAUAUGUUGUGUUAAAUUUUCUACUUAAAUAAAAGGUUGAAAAUAAAACUACUAGGCAUAUGUAUUUUCAAAAUAAAAAUUUUUUAGAAAUAUAGGUAAGCUUAAAGGAAAAAUUAGGGUUAAGUCAAUGAUUAUAAUAUAUAAUCACUCUGCCCUUCCAACCCAAGCCCAAUCUUAAUUCCUUCAGACCUGAGGAGAGCUUUUUUUUCUUAUUUCAUAAGCCUAGGAGACCUACUUCUGUCAUCGGUACUGACUUUAUAAUCUCUCUUUCCAGCUUAUGUGAUACUAUCCACAAGGAAGCAGAACUCUAAAAGUCUGGUUAUAAACCAUUUGAAAUUAAUUACCCACUUGAUAAACUAUGAAGGCUUUAAUACUUAUCCAAAGGAAGAAAGAAUCAGAAGACAACAUAAGACAGAUUCAAAAAGAUUAAUUCAAGACAUUAGUCAAUAUAGCUGGAGAAUUUACUUUUAUUCUUGCAGUUUUAUACUAGGAAGUCAACAUUUAAUAAUCCAUUGUUCACAACUGAUUUAUAAAAAAUUUUAAUCCUUAAAUUGUACAUCAAUAUCCUAUGAUUCCAAAUCUUAUUUAUCACUCUCCUUCAAGUCUGAAGAAAAUGAUCACAUAAUUUAUUAACUUCCACAGACAGCACAGUCCCACUGAUAUAACAUUUAGUCUGAAGUCCUACACUCAUAUGAGAAUUAAGAAUAGCCAGUAUCAAACUGGUCUGCAACCUGAUUGUGUUCCUGGCUCAGGAUACCUGUAGUAAAUUUGUAAGUCCACACUAAGACACAAAAAUAAACUAGGGUGUGUAUGUCAUAUAAAAAACUUUUCACAGUAGAGUAAAAAUAACAUUAAAAUGUUACCAAAUUUCAAUCAUAUUACGGUGUUUUAUCCAAUUAGCUUUCAAAAUGCCUGAUUAACUGAAUUAAAUGCAAAUAACUGUAUAGGAUUUUUUUUAUGUUUGCCCAGCAUUUCAAAAUGGUUAUGGAAUAUAACUUUUAAAAUGUCAAAAUAUGCUAUACAUAUUGCACUUUUCUGCUAGGCUGGGCGAGUAUCCUCCAUGGCAAGAUACCAAAACUAUUGAAUAAAAUACGCUUUAAAAAUCAA